AUGACUUCUUCUCCGAUACCUGCUCCAACAGGCCGUCAGGAACCCGAACAUGGUCUUCUCGACGUUUCGGAGCCAUCACCUUCAGACUCACUAGAGCUUGAACUUAAGCCCGGAAUUGCAAAUGCUUCACGAGGUGCCCCGUCGCUCGCAGUAGAAACAAUCUCAAUCAAUACUAACGCACAUUCCAUUCGCACGGGCGACGAGUCCUUCACAGACUAUACGCUGAUUGACGAUGCGUCGUCCCGGCGGUCGGUUCAGCAUAGCACAGUGUCCAGCGACCUCAAGACUCAAGGAUCUACCAAGUCACAAACAAGUCCUAAACACCAUCAACUUCAACAACAGCACCAUCAAGCACAAGCACAACCAACAUCACCGCCACAACAACAACAACAACAACAACCCGAAAUAUCGCCACUUGUCUCAGCUUCUCAACUUGGUGAUUUUCGUAAGGUCAAUCAACUCAUUACCUCUGGAGAAGCCUCUGCUCUCGAAACUGCACCCGAUGGAGUCACACCACUGCACUGGGCUGCCAUCAACAACAGACUUAAUAUUUGUCGAUACCUACUCGACCACGGCGCACAAAUCGAUGCCAAAGGUGGCGAUCUCCAGGGAACUCCGCUGCACUGGGCAUGCCGUGCCGGCCUCGUGUAUAUUGUCCAACUGCUUAUUUCGCGUGGCGCAGACCCCCUCCGCACAGACACUCAAGGGUUUAAUGCCCUUCACUUGGCUGUACACUCCUCUAAUGUCUUGCUUGUCAUUUACUUGCUGCAUCUCGACAUGCCGGUUGACCCUCUUGACACGGGAGAUCGUACCCCCCUACAUUGGGCUGCGUACCAGGGUGACGCACUCACCGUCGAUGCACUGCUUAAGAAAGGCGCCGAUGUGCGAAUAUCAGACUCGCGAGGGUUUACAGCCCUUCACUGGGCCAUUGUACGCGGAAGUAAACCCACCAUUAAGAAAAUUAUAGAGGCUGGUUCGGAUCUCUUUGCCAAAUCUAAUGACGGCAAAACCCCCCUAGUCAUGGCUCAGGGAAUGAACACUCUAAAUGUCUGGAAAGCUGCUCUCAAAGAAACAGGCCGCGACCCAGAAACUGCAAUGCCCAUUGUGAAACUGCUUCAACCAAAACAUGCUAAACUUGCAUUUUUCUUUGCACCCUACAUCAUUUUAUUUAUUGCCCUUAACCUAUGGGCUUCUCUUGCCAUCUACUGGUCCAUUCCACUUUCCAUCGUCAUCACUCUGGCUAUUUUUAAACUACUUGGCAAGUUUGUUUUGCCCAGUAUUUCUACAGAACCUCAUGCUCUUAUGCAAACCCCCAUAUUUGCUGGCCUCUUUUCUGGCUCUGCAUUUUGGGUUGUUAUACAUUAUAUCUUUGACGUCAUGCCUGUCACAUUUACCUACUACGUUUUCCGCAACUUGCUCUUUAUUGUAACAUUUUCCCUUGUGAUUUACUCUUUCUUUGAAAGCAUGUUCCGAGACCCUGGCUUUAUACCUCCCAUCUCUAACCCUGCUGAGCAGCGUGCCAUGAUUGAUGGUCUCAUUGAGCGUGGUGAAUAUGAUACCAAACAUUUUUGCAUUUCCACAUAUGUCCGCAAGCCUUUGCGUUCGCGCUACGACCGCUUCACCAAACACGUCGUGGCAAAGUUUGACCACUACUGCCCGUGGACUUAUAAUGUCAUUGGCGUCCGCAAUCACCGCAUCUUUGUCGUUUUUGUCAUCACUCUUACUAUAGGCAUACCCAUGUACCUGUCGCUGUAUUUCAAAUACACUGGCAUCUUAAGCUCAAGUACAGUGAUUGACUAUUGCAAAGAAAACCCAGGCAUUUUGGGGUCUACCUUUUGCCGCUCCUUCCAGGUCGACUAUUACGGUACUUUACUUGCGAUUUGGACUACCUUCAAUGGCGUAUGGGUUUUCUUCCUUGCCUUUGUCCAGAUUGUCCAAGUGGCUCGCGGUGUUACAACAAAUGAGGCUUCCAACCUACACAAGUAUGGUUUUAUGGGUGCCGAUGACUUUUCCAGCCUCCCACUUGAUCACUCAACUGCCAUCAAUACUGCUCUUGCAAACUCAGCGGCUGCAGUCCAGGCGCAGGCCCGUAUGCGCAACAAUAAUAACAGCCGCUUCUCCACUUGUCUCAAGCUCUUAGGCAUUGACCAGUUUUUGGCCACGGCUCGAGAUGCGGUGCCCCUCUCAAGUGGAAAUGGCCGCAACUCUUCUACGCGAUACUCGUCUAACAACAACCCAGCAGACUUGGGUUGUUUCCGCAACUGCGCCGACUUUUGGUUCCCUCGAGGGUCGUUCAAUGUCCUGCGUGCAUUGCCCGAUGGCGCUGCUUCGUUUGCAGGCAACCCCGUAGACUACUACCGCAUGUGGGACUUCCCCACGCGUAAUGGCGGGGCCAGUAACGGCGCCAGUGGGAAUGGAAAUGGCCUGGGUAAUGGAGCUCCAGGAUCUGGGUCCCGUGCAAAUAGUUUGCUUCUUGGAGGGGGAGCUUCUGGAGAUGCUGGUGGAGCUAAUCAUGAUGAUGGACGCGAUGAUUUAGGCAAGAAACGUAAUGACGAUGAACUUGUAGCUCAACAAGUCUAA